CGGUGACGUCAGGCCGGCGGCGGCGGGCGCUCCGUGAGGUCACGGCGCGGCCCGGCCCAGCGGCCCCGCCGGCGGGGAGCGGCGGGAGCAUGGCCGAGCCCGGGGCGGGGGACGCGGCGGGGGCGCCGCCGCCGCGGGUGGGCGCGUGGGUGCCCGUGCUGGUGGAGCAGAUGGUGAACGACACGCUGGUGGUGACGCUGAGCUGCGGGGAGCGCCGCUUCACCGGCGUGCUGCUGGACUGCUCCAAGAGGUCUGGAUUGUUCUGCCUGCCAUCCUCCUUCCCCAAGCACGAGGAGCCCCCGGCCGGCGCCUGCGCUAACGGGGCCGCUGCGGCGCGGGGCGAGCCGGAGCCGCGGCCCGCGGGCGCCCAGCCUGCCGAGGGCAGCGCGGAGGAGCCGGUGCCGCCGCUGCUGCCGGCGCCGGGCAGCCUGCCGCCCUUCCCGCCCUACUUCGAGGGAGCCCCGUUCCCCCGGCCCCUGUGGCUGCGGCACACCUACAACCAGUGGGUCCCGCAGCCGCCGCCACGGACUAUAAAGAGGACGAGGAGGCGUUUGUCGCGCAACAGGGACCCGGGCAGGCUCAUCAUGAGCACCAUCAGGCUGCGGCCCAGGCAGGUGCUCUGCGAGAAGUGCAAGAACACGCUGAACCCCGAGGAUGCCAACGUGCCGCGGCAGAACGCCAAGACCAGGAGGAAGCUGAGCAUUCAGGACAAGGAGCAGAAAAAGCACAGCGACUCUGACUACGUGGAGAAAAGGAACAAAAGAGAGAAGAGGGAGGAUGACAAGUUUUCUGGGGAAUUGGUGCAUCGAACGCCAGUUAUAAAAAUAUCCUACAGUACUCCACAAGGGAAGGGUGAAGUGGUAAAAAUCCCUUCCCGGGUUCAUGGCUCGGUCAAACCGUUCUGUCCGGAGCAAGCAUUGCAGAACGGAGCCGGGGACCAAGAGGAGAGCAGGGACUCUGAACGGUGUCGACAAACCAAAUGUUUAAUGGACAAGUCAGCAGGCAGCCAGCUUGCUUCCAUUCCAAAACUGAAGCUCACACGGCCAGUGCAUUCCAGUGUGGAUGUCCCACCCCCAAAGAUACGGCUGAAGCCCCAUCGCAUCAACGAUGGUCAGAGUGUUUCAAUUUAUAAGGCAGAACUGAUUGAUGAAAUCAAUGACCUCCAGAACAGCCGGGAGUCCAAUCCCGAAGAGUUUUACAAUGAUGAGUCCACCGACAGAAGUUUAGCUGAGAUAUCUUCAGGCAGUUCAGGUGAAGAUGAUGACUUCAAAAGGUUUCCCCAGGGUAAAGAUGGACAUGAUAACUUGGCUUUCCUCAUGAAUUACCGUAAAAGAAAAGCAGAUUCUUCUAGUUUAUCGGUGUGUAGCAAUGACAGUCUAGAUGAAUCCAAGUCUUCUAGUUCAGAGGUGACAUCACCAGAACUGUGUGACUUUUUACCUGGUGAUGAUGCCUCCGUCUCUUCAUCUUCAAAAGAUGAGCGUAAAAUCGUGCCACCACUGACAGUCAGGCUGCACACCCAGAGUGUGUCUAAAUGCGUUACAGAAGAUGGAAGGACUGUUUCAGUGGGGGAUAUUGUCUGGGGUAAAAUUCACGGGUUUCCGUGGUGGCCCGCACGUGUUCUUGACAUCAACCUCAGCCAGAAGGAAAACGGGGAACCAUCGUGGCGAGAAGCUAAAGUGUCGUGGUUCGGUUCUCCAACAACCUCGUUCUUAUCUGUUUCAAAACUCUCUCCUUUCUCGGAGUUUUUCAAACUGAGGUUUAAUCGCAAGAAGAAGGGCAUGUACCGGAAAGCGAUCACGGAAGCUGCGAAGGCAGUCAAGCACCUGACUCCAGAAAUACGAGAUCUCUUAACACAGUUUGAGACAUAACUUUGCCUCCAGUAUCAGGUGAGAAUGGAAACGUGAGAGCUGAUUCUUCGUAAUGUAUGGAUUUCCCUUUCUCAUCAAAGUCUGCCUGGGAUGAAAAUCUGGUACCAAAAAAUACAGGAUGUGGCAUGACUGGGAAUACAAGUUCAUGGGAAAAUCCAGUGACUUGGAUGAAACCUGCAAUCAUUUCACAACCUUUCAGUCAUCACUGUCCAGACAAGACCUCAGCUGUGAUGGUAUUAGAUAAGGGUGGGAUUAACUUUUUUUUUGUCAAAAACCAGAGGUAUCAUGGGCCUUGUGUCAAAGACCAUGCUUUAUGCAGAGGGGAUUGUUAUGUUGUCCCCUGAAUGCUGUGCUCUGUUUCAUUCUUGAAGGACUCUGUGUGAGCAAGCCAGUGCUGCUCCUCUGGACUUUCUUCAUUAUCUGAGCUGUCAUAAUGCAGUGGGACUGGGACUGUCAGUGCUCAUGUAGUCCUGAUGGGAAAAUGGGAUUUUUUUCAUACCCUUGUCAUGGGACUUAACCCCUUGCUUGAGUGUGAUGAAGGACUUGCUUUGCUUGGGUUAUGACUCCAUCUCAGCAAGCCUGGCUGGAGUAACUAACCAGGGCAUGACAUAUUCAUGCUGUGUACUCAGGGUGUCUGGACAACCACAGCAGCAACAUUUCAGCUUCCCUCAUCAUCUUGCCCAUACGACUGCUGCUUAACUCUGGCUAAGGACUUUAUUAUAUCAAGAGUGUUUGGAUUGGACCCAAAUUCCUAUUAGCUAGAUCAGGAGUAUAAAUAAACCUGCUGCCCAGAAUGUACUGUCCUUGCCAGUGGAAGAGUCCUGGCCAAUCCAUGGCUCCUGUCUGGACAGUGCUCUGGUUAAAGGAGCAGCAGACUUCAUCUUCUGAGCUGUCUUCACUGUGAGUGUGAGCAGUUUGGGACAAAGGUGAGGAAUGUCACAGUCGUUGCUGACAUCUGUCCUUGCCCUUGUGGGUCCUGGAUGGCCGGCAUGGCCCAGCUGCAGGAGAAGGGACAACUGGAGGAAGCACCUAGUGCUCAGAUCAGACAGACUGGCUGUGCCUGUCAGUCCCUGGGGAGAGGGAAAGCUGUGGCCAGGAGGAGUCCCGAGCCCAGAGCUGGAAGUCAGAAGGGGAGGAGGCUUGCCCCUGCAUGCUGGCCCCCAGAGAACACUGGCUGCUGGCCCCAGCAGGAGCUGGCCACGAUGGGGCACAGGCUGCAGGGCAGGGCCUCGAGGAGGAGAAGAGCCCUUGCUCCUGAGACACGAUGGGAUCUGAGCUACAGGUACACAGCAGGUCUGUGAACGGGGGGAAAGAAGAACAUCUGGACAACAUGUGCAUAAGAAAAUGAUGGAUGGGAUGGGAUAGCCUGGAUUAGACCAAAACUUUCCUUCCCUCUGUGCUCUUCAGCCAAACCUCUGCAUGUGUAUGUGGGUAUAUACAUUUAGCAGAUAUCACUGUCUUGUUGGCCUGCUUCAGCUGGCUUUCCAGGGGAUUUCCUGCCUUACAUGUCUGAGCUGAGCUGCCAGCACAGUCUGCCAGGCUGAAGACAACAUGACUGUUGGAUAAAGCACUGCAAAACUAGAAAAGUAGAACUACACAACUGCCUGUGUUCCACAUGUCACAUUUACCUAAUUUCCCAAUUAGACCAGCAUGUCUGGAGUUUUGGUACAUCACUUAUAAAACUGCUCAUUAUUCAGAGAAUUGUUUGUACCUAAUUCUCCUUGCAGGAGCAUUGAAUUUUGUUGCUUUCCUUGAUUUUCCACAAGGUAGAACUGAAGUGUUUCCUUCAGCUGCUCAUUCAAUGUCCUUUCCUGAAGGAUGGCAUGAAAGGGUUUUGGCUGGAAGGGACCCUGAAGUGCAUCUCAUUCCAUCCCCUGCCACGGCAGGGACACCUUCCACUGUCCCAGGCUGCUCCAAGCCCUGUCCAGCCUGGCCUUGGGCACUGCCAGGGAUCCAGGGGCAGCCCCAGCUGCUCUGGGUAACCUGGUGAUACUGCAUGGGAACACUAUAAAAUCCAUCAUGCUGGGGCUUCACCAGCAGUGGCACAAAGGUUUUUGUCAUCAGAAGGAGUUCAUGAAGUGGCUUCAACACUGACACUGCUCAUGCUAAUCCUGGCCACAGCAGAUGUUUAUCACUGGUGAUACUUUCUAUUGUGAAACUUUGUCUUCUGGCAUGUGAUGUGUUCUGCAGAGGGUAGUUACUGGAAAAAUGUACAAACGCUGCAGAUCAUUUGUGGAUGCACAAAACUGGAAAAAUUGGAUUUUUUUUUUCUUUUAGCUUGGUUUGAUUUGGAAGAGCUGGUAGGAUCACUCCUUGUUGUUACUGCUUUGUCCUUAGGGUUUCUUUGCAAGGAAAGUACUAGUCAGGUAAUGACAGGGUUUUAAUUAAGUAAAACAAGUUUCUGGAAAAACAAGAGGCAGAAUAGCAGCCUAUAGAACUCAAACUUGUAAGACUUGGUUUAGAGUAGUGCCAGGAGAGACAUGUCCACUCAGCAUCUUCCGGGGCUGCUCUGUAGCUUCCCUGGUGUGUGACACCAAGGAGCCAGCUCAAGGCACAAGGAUAGCAGUUGCCCCUGGCUUGGAGUGAAGAUGUUUCCCUCUCCCUUAAGGAAAGCCCACCUGAGGGCCAGGAAGGGGGAGCCAGGACCUUGGGCUGCUGUCACUCAGGUUUUAUUGGGAAUGAGCUGUGGCUGCUGCUCCAGCUGUGCCUUGGGCGGGGGCACAGGAGGGAGUGAGACCUGUGCUUCCAAAGGCCCCCCUUCCCUGCACCAGGACUGCUUCGUGUGGUGGGAUCAGGGGCCUUACAAGGAGCACGUGUUGCUCCAGCCCUGCUGUGUGGGGAGGGUGUGCCUGCAGGGACAGGCCCUUGGCAGGGCUGGAUCUGCUGCUCUGUGAUCCUCCUGAGCAGCUCCUCGUGGCAGAUGCCCUCUCCCUACACAGAGACAUGCAGUAAACCUCUCGUAAAAACUGCUGGUAGGUUUUCAUCCACAUCUCUGCAUGAAACAAGUUUACAAGAUAGAUAGUCCUUUGCUUUUUCAGUUUGGCAAAUCCUUUAUUCUUCCCCUCUCUCCCCUGU